AUGAUCAGACACACAAUUCUUACCCGCCGAUACAAUAAACUGAAGAACUUACGAGAAGCUCAGACUGCCGCGAGCGCGGGAACUGGGCCCGAGGACUCGAGCUUGUCGCCGAGCUCAUGCGAGGACUCGGGAGAUACUGUCGACAGUAGCGACGAUGAUAGCGGUCUUGGGAGUGGAAGCACAGAAGGAAGCACCGGGUUACAUGAUCCUCGCAUUGCCGAUGAUGAUGUGCCGAUGAACAUAAAUCCCACAGACAUCUUGCCAUCGACGACUCAAGGAAUCCCUGGUCAUAAUGGGUUUAUGCACGGGACAUGGGAUAUGGCUGGCACAUUGUCGGGAGAUCCAUGGGGACUGCCCUCGGUAGGCGAGACGGAUAGUAUGGGAUUGUUCCUCAAUGGUAUGGUGCCAGAACUUCACAGCAUCCCACCGGACAGCAUGCAUAAUUUUGGCUUUGUGGAUGCAGCAAGCGGCAAAGACUGCAUAUGCCCAAGUUUGUUAUCACCAACCGAAGAGAUGCCCAGCGACUACAGUCAAGGAGACAACUUUUGCGACGACCUAAGCGUAUCAGCUAUGGACACAGAAGAGCAAACCCUCGCCUCUUUGCAAGAAAACGUGACUCGUGGGAAACGGUGUGCCAAAAUAGUGUUGACGGUGGAGGAACCCGAUAAUAAUACGGUCGAGUCUCUCGUGCAAAUUGCAUUCUCAAGCAAAUCACGGUUCCAUUUCGCUCGCGAGUGA